GCGACCGAGGGAGGCAGAGGCGCCUUCUCUCCUCAGGCCGGGCAUGGCGGCGGCGGCGGCGGCCGGCGUGAGCUACUCUCCUCCGUGGUGGGUGAGCCUCCUGCACCGCCUGCCCCACUUCAGCCUCCGCUGGGAGGCCGUCGGCGACGACUUCCGACCCGAGGACGCCGAGUACCAGCAGGCCCUCUUGCUGUUGGGUGGUGUUGCUCUGUCCUGCCUUGCUCUGGAUCUCCUCUUCCUCCUUUUCUAUUCCUUCUGGUUAUGCUGUCGCCAUCGGAAAACUGAAGAACAGCUGAAUGCAGAUUGCUGCUGUACAGCUUGGUGUGUCAUCAUUGCAACUCUGGUCUGCAGUGCUGGCAUAGCUGUUGGCUUCUAUGGAAAUGGGGAGACCAGUGAUGGCAUUCAUCGGCUAACAUCUUCACUGCGGCACGCCAAUCUCACUGUUGCAGGGGUCCAAGACCGGGUGCAAAACAUUGCAGUUGCUCUGAACAAAACAGCAGAGCCCAACUUGGGGUUCCUGGAGGUAAUGUUUGCUAAACAGACAGAUUACCUGCAUGUGGUUCAAAAGCUCCAAGGACUCUUGGAUGAACUUGUGAGGCAGACAACAGAGAUUCCUUUCUGGAAGAAUGAUGACGUCUCUCUAGAAUUGCUGGCAGGUCGUAUUGAUCUGUAUGACUGGUACAGGUGGCUGGGAUACUUGGGCUUACUCCUGUUCCAUGUCCUCAUCUGUUUGCUGGUGCUAUUUGGACUAAUUAGAAACUCAAAGGCCAUUCUUGUGGGAGUGUGUCUUCUAGGGGUGCUGGCCCUCAUUGUGAGCUGGGCAUCCCUGGGUCUGGAGUUAGCUGUUGCUGUGGGUUCCAGUGACUUCUGCGUUAACCCUGAUGCCUACAUCUCCAGAGUGGUAGAGGAUUAUGCGGUGCUAAGUACAGAUACUCUGAACUAUUACCUUGUCUGCAAUGCUGGCUCCCUAAAUCCAUUUCAGCAGAAGCUGUCAGGAAGCCACAAGGUCCUGGUAGAAAUGCAAGAUGAUGUGCUGGAGCUGAUGAAGUCUGCCAUCAAAGAAUACCCCGCUUCCAAGGAGCACAUCAGUCAAAUCCAGGGAGUUCUGAAUACCACCGAAAGCAACCUGCAGCACCUGACUGCCCUGGUGGACUGUCGGAGUCUGCAUUUGGAUUACAUACAAUCUCUGACGGGCUUCUGCUAUGAUGGUGUGGAAGGACUUAUCUAUCUGGUUCUCUUCUCCUUUGUCACUGCCCUCAUGUUCAGUUCUAUAGUGUGCAGCGUCCCGCACACUUGGCAGCAAAAGAGGAGUUCAGAUGAUGAUGGAGAGGAUGAAUCGACUGCUCAAGGGAACAGGCAAACGCACGACAACUUGUAUAGGGUGCACAUGCCUAGUCUUUACAGCUGUGGGAGCAGCUAUGGAAGCGAGACCAGCAUCCCAGCAGCGGCACACACAGUCAGCAAUGCUCCCGUCACAGAGUACAUGAGCCAGAAUGCAAAUUUUCAGAACCCCCGAUGUGAGAACACACCUUUGAUUGGCCGGGAGUCUCCACCUCCCUCCUUGUAUUUGGCUGCCAUGGACAGUAGCAGCCAUAUGAGCUGGCAGCUUAAGCCCUCGGACAGUGCUCGGACGUACUGGUAACAGCGCCCGCAAAAUCGGAACAGUACACCUCCAGCAUGAGAGCCAAAUACCUCGCCACCAACCAGCCUCGGCCAGACUCUGGCAGUGUGCAUUAAAAACUAGAAUAUGGUCUAAGUUU